AUUCGACUUUUCAGUAGUAAUUUUCAUUAUCGAUUUCGAUUUUGAUUUCUCUCUAAUUCCAAAUAAAAAACAAUGGAUGCGUUCUCGUCCUUCUUCGAUUCUCCUCAACCAGGUGGUAGCAGAAGAAGCUGGAGCUAUGAUUCUCUUAAAAACUUCCGUCAGAUUUCUCCCUCCGUUCAGAAUCAUCUCAAGCGGGUGUAUUUGACAUUAUGCUGUGCUCUCGUUGCGUCUGCCUUUGGAGCUUACCUCCAUGUGCUCUUGAACAUUGGUGGUCUUCUUACUACUAUUGGAUGUGUUGGAACUAUGAUUUGGCUGCUUUCAUGUCCUCCUUAUGAACAACAAAAGAGGCUUUCUCUUCUCUUUGUUUCUGCUGUUCUUGAAGGUGCUUCUGUUGGGCCCUUGAUCAAAGUGGCAAUUGAUGUUGACCCAAGCAUCCUCAUCACUGCGUUUGUUGGAACUGCGAUAGCGUUUGUCUGUUUCUCUGCUGCAGCAAUGCUAGCGAGACGCAGGGAGUAUCUCUACCUUGGAGGACUGCUUUCAUCUGGCUUGUCCAUGCUUAUGUGGCUUCAGUUUGCCUCUUCUAUCUUCGGUGGCUCUGCUUCUAUUUUCAAGUUUGAGCUAUACUUUGGGCUCUUGAUCUUUGUGGGAUACAUGGUGGUGGAUACACAAGAGAUCAUUGAGAAGGCACACCUUGGCGACAUGGACUACGUGAAACACUCAUUGACCCUCUUCACUGACUUUGUAGCUGUAUUUGUUCGGAUUCUCAUCAUAAUGUUGAAGAACUCUGCGGAUAAAGAAGAGAAGAAGAAGAAAAGGAGAUACUAAGACUGAAAAAUGGCAGCAAUAGUUUAAAUAGAGCGAGUGGUUAGUACAUGCAAGCAUUGUAAUGGGGCUUUACAUUGUCAUCAUGUUAAGCUGCUAUGGUGUUUUACUUGUCAGGACACUCGUUUUGUGACAAUACAUGUUUCUCCACUUGAAAGGAUUUGUUUGUUUUUCUUCCUUAUAAAUGUUUACUUAAGACUGUAAAUGGCCGAAGUGGUGUCUAACUUGGUUUUAUUCUCUUUCACAUAUCGUAAGCUUUUAAUGAAAUUAUUUAGGAAAAUCGGAAAUUCA